AUGUCGUGGAUUGGGCAGGCUAUGCUCAAUCUCAAUAACUGGUACCACGGCGUCAACAAACUGAAAGCAUCCGUCAAGAAAGACUCGAACCCCGUUCGUAUAGGAGUUGUCUCGGCGGCAGCGAUCAACUUCGUGGCUCUCUUCGACCCCGUCGGCACACACCCGGGCGCCACCGUCGUAGCCAUAGGCGCAAGAGACAAAUCCAAAGCCCAAGCGCAGAUCGAUCAUUAUGGCCUCGGCGGGACAUGCAAAGCCUACGGCUCCUACGACGAAGUCGUGAACGAUAAGGAUGUGGACGCUGUGUAUAUCCCCCUUCCGAAUGGGUUACAUGCCGAAUGGGCGAUCAAAGCGAUGCGGAAGGGGAAACACGUCCUCAUCGAGAAAUCUAUCACCUCCAACGCAGCGGAAUGCCGCGAGGUCGAGAAGGUCGCGAAAGAAACCGGCAAACUCGCCCUCGAAGCCUUCCACUACCGCUUCCACCCCGCCGUGCACCGCGUCAAGGAGCUCAUCGAAAGCGGGCAGUAUGGCAACCCCAAGGAAGUCUUCGUCCGGAUGAGCGUCCCCAGCGACGCGAUGGCGAAGAACGACAUCCGCUUCCAAUACCCCCUCGGCGGCGGCGCCUGUCUCGACCUAAGCUACAUCUUCUCCUCGGCUUGCUAUUUCGCCUGUCCGACCCCUUCCCUCCCGACAGCAGAAAUCACCAUCCAAACCGCCACGCCCCGCAUCCACCCCGUCGACGCCCAGAUCGACGAGGCCAUCGACGCGACGUUCACCCUCGAGCCCCCUCCGGCGACAGGGAAACCGGCUGUCAAGUGCCACGUCUCCGGGGAUCUCAAUCGCCCGUAUGUAUGGGGCCUGAUCCCCUGCUGGAUCCCCAAAAUGCCGUUUGCGCGGAUCGAGCUGGAGAGAGCAAGGAUUGAGUUUAAUAAUUUUAAGGAUGAGCGGGGGAGGUUGGUGGCGGGGAGUAAGCGGACCGAGAAAGUUUGGACUGAUGGGCCGGUUUGGGGGAAGAGGGGGGAGGUUUGGUGGAGUACUUAUCGGUAUAUGGUGGAGGCUUUUGUGGAGGGGGUUAAGGCGAGGGAGGAGGGGAGGGAUGUGGAGAGGCUGCCGUGGGUUGGGCUAGCGGAGAGUGGGAAGAUGAUGGAGGUUAUUGAUGCGGUUUAUGAGAGGGCCGGGUUGGCUGUUAGGGGGUUGUGA